AUGGCGUCCGCCACGCCGUGGGGGGGUUUGGCACAGGCGCAAGGCGCGGCCGGAGCUGUCGACAACUACCCGAAACACCAGGACGAGAAGUAUUCCGAUCGCGAGAAUACGCCGGUGAAUUCGGUCGAGCGUUCUUCUGAGGAUGUGGGGGAGAAGGUACACGACCUUGCGCGGACUCUUACACAGCGUUCCGUAAGACACCCGUCUGGAGACCACAUCAAUCCUUUCGAUGGAACCGAUAAUCCUUUACUGGACCCUCUUUCGGGGAAGUUCAGCCAGAAGGCGUGGGCUAAGAACCUGAUCGGCAUCGAAUCGCGCGAUCCAGAAAGAUACCCAAAGCGAGUCGCCGGUGUUGCUUAUAAGAACCUUGGCGCACAUGGAUUUGGGGAGGCCACCGAUUAUCAGAAGACCUUUGGCAAUUACCCUCUGGAGGCCGCCAGUUUGUUCAAAAGGGCGAUUGGUCGGAGACAGCAAACAAAAAUUCAGAUUCUAAAAGAUUUCGAUGGCUUGGUGCGAAGCGGAGAAAUGCUGGUGGUGCUGGGGAGACCUGGAAGAGAGACAGAGAUUAACUACCAGGGCAUUUCGAUGGAGACGAUGCACAAGGACUUCCGAGGCGAAUGCAUCUAUCAAGCUGAAGUCGACGUACACUUUCCUCAGUUGACAGUUGGACAAACGUUGGAGUUCGCAGCACGAGCGCGGGCACCCAGGAACCGAAUUCCUGGUGUCACCCGGGAGCAAUACGCGAAGCACAUGAGAGAUGUUAUAAUGGCCGUGUUUGGGCUUACCCAUACCCUUAAUACGAAGGUUGGCAACGACUUCGUCCGGGGUGUUAGUGGUGGUGAGCGAAAGCGUGUCAGUAUUGCAGAAGCUGCUCUCGGUGGUAGCCCUCUCCAGUGCUGGGAUAACAGCACCCGUGGUUUGGACAGCGCCACUGCGUUGGAGUUUGUAAAAACACUACGGCUUUCAACGGAAAUGGGAGGCUCCGCAGCUGUGGUUGCCAUCUACCAAGCCUCGCAAUCCAUCUACGACGUUUUUGACAAGGUUGCACUUCUGUACGAGGGACGACAAAUAUACUUCGGCAACAUCCAUAGAGCAAAGGACUUUUUCAUCAACCUCGGUUUUGAAUGCCCAAACCGACAAACCACGGCCGAUUUCCUCACCUCCAUCACCAGUCCAGCCGAGCGUAUCGUGAGGGAAGGUUUCGAAGGCAGGACGCCGUUUACCCCUGAUGAGUUCGCAGCCGUUUGGCAAAAGAGUCCGGAUAGGCAAGAACUCUUGAGAGAAAUCGACGAGUUCGAAGAGCAAUAUCCUAUUGGGGGCGAGCAUCUUGAGAAAUUCAAGGAGUCCCGUAGAGCCACUCAAGCCAAAGCACAGCGUGUAAAAUCCCCCUACACCCUCUCCGUAUCUAUGCAGGUCAAGCUAUGUACCGAUCGUGCGUUCCAAAGGUUACGUGGUGACGCCACGCUCUUCUUCACCAGUCUCUUCGGUCAAGCUGCGUUAUCCUUGAUCAUCAGUUCCGUGUUCUACAAUCUCCAAAAUACCACCGCAACUGUUUACAGUCGAGGUGCCCUGCUGUUCUUUUCCAUUCUUAUGGCGGCUUUUCAAAGUUCGCUAGAGAUUCUAACCCAGUAUGCUCAACGGCCAAUUGUGGAAAAGCAAGCAAAAUAUGCCUUCUACCACCCGUUUUCCGAAGCCAUCGCCUCCAUGAUAUGCGAUAUGCCUAGCAAAAUCGGAACCACCAUUAUUUUUGACCUUGUGGUAUACUUCAUGACCAAUCUUCGGAGAACACCAGAGCACUUCUUUAUAUUCUUCCUGUUUACCUUUGUGUGUACGGUCACCAUGUCGAUGUUCUUCCGCUCCAUUGCUGCUCUAUCUAGGACCCUAUCUCAGGCCAUGGCUCCAGCUGCCGUCUUCAUUCUCGCUUUGGUCAUCUACACCGGCUUUGCUAUUCCUGUCACGGAUAUGAGACCUUGGUUCAGAUGGAUAAAUUACCUGGACCCUGUGUCAUACGCAUUUGAGGCCCUCAUGAUCAAUGAGUUCAGUAAUCGCAAGAUACCCUGUGCUUUGUUUGUACCAACUGGACCGCCGUACAUGAACCUAUCGCCAAACGAGCGUGUCUGCGCAACAACUGGAGCUGCACCUGGUGCAGAUUAUGUCGAUGGAGAUGUUUAUCUUAGGGUCAAUUAUCAAUAUGAACGAGCCCAUCUGUGGAGAAACCUCGGGUGCAUGUUUGCUCUUAUGGCCUUUGGCUGCGCUGUUUACCUACUGGCCGUCGAGUUUAUCUCUGCCAAGAAAUCCAAGGGCGAAGUAUUGCUUUUCAGACGAGGAAAGAUCCCAGAUCUCCCGAAACAAGACAUGGAAUCAAACCUUGACGACCGGCCCAAUGCCGAAAUGGUUCUUUCGAGGACUCAAACCGUCCCCGACGCCCCAGCACAUAUCCAAAAGCAAACCGCGAUCUUCCACUGGGACGGGGUCAAUUACGAUAUCAAGAUCAAGAAAGAACCUCGAAGACUUCUAGAUGACGUUGAUGGAUGGGUGAAGCCAGGAACUUUAACAGCUCUCAUGGGUGUGUCAGGUGCCGGCAAGACAACAUUACUCGAUGUCCUCGCUUCGCGCACGACUAUGGGAGUGGUCUCCGGUGAAAUGCUCGUUGACGGCCGCUUAAGAGACACUGGAUUUCAGAGAAAAACUGGUUAUGUACAGCAACAGGAUCUUCACUUGGCAACAUCAACCGUCAGGGAAGCGUUGGCCUUCAGUGCAGUUCUACGACAACCGAAAACUACGCCACAUGCUGAAAAGAUUGCCUAUGUUGACGAAGUUAUCAAGGUGCUGGAGAUGGAAGCUUAUGCUGAUGCGGUAGUCGGUGUUCCGGGUGAAGGUCUCAACGUUGAGCAGAGGAAGCGACUUACAAUCGGCGUUGAACUUGCAGCCAAGCCAGCGCUCCUUCUCUUCCUUGACGAACCGACAUCUGGUCUAGACAGUCAAACCGCAUGGUCUAUCUGCGCCCUCCUCCGUAAACUUGCCGACAACGGACAGGCUAUUCUCUGCACAAUCCAUCAACCUUCCGCUAUCCUUUUCCAGGAAUUUGACCGCCUACUCUUCCUUGCCAAAGGUGGGAAAACCGUGUAUUUCGGUGGCAUCGGAGAGAACUCGAAGAUCUUGACAGAUUAUUUCGAGCGGAAUGGAUCCAGGACCUUUGGAGCCGAUGAGAAUCCAGCUGAAGUCAUGCUUGAGGUCAUCGGUGCCGCACCCGGCUCGGAAACAACUGUCGACUGGCCACAAGUCUGGAAUAACUCUCCGGAACGUGCACAGGUUAAGACUACUCUCGCCGAACUAAAAGCAACCUUAUCCCAAAAGGAAGUCAUCCAAGAUGAUACUGCUCUUGAGCCUUACGCCGCUACUAUGCCUGUUCAGCUAUGGGCCGUUCUUCAGCGUGUCUUCGAGCAGUACUGGCGCACUCCUUCAUAUCUGUACUCCAAGACAUUGCUUUGUGUGGCUGUGGGUCUCUUUAUUGGCUUUUCAUUCUGGCGCUCUCCAACCUCCCUCCAAGGAAUGCAGAACCAGCUUUUCUCAAUCUUCAUGCUUCUAACAGUCUUCGGUAAUCUGGUCCAACAAAUCAUGCCCCACUUCGUCAUCCAACGCGCACUGUACGAAGCGCGCGAACGGCCUUCGAAAACAUACUCUUGGCAGGUCUUCAUCGUCUCCAAUAUUUUGGUGGAGAUCCCAUGGAAUGCGUUGAUGGGUGCAUUGAUAUUCUUCUGCUGGUAUUAUCCCAUUGGUCUUUAUCGAAAUGCGGAGCCUUCGGAUACCGUCCAUGAGCGCGGGAUAUUGAUGUUCCUUUUCAUCCUCAUGUUCUUGCUCUUUACAUCAACGUUCACCAAUCUCGUCAUCGCCGGUAUCGAAUCUGCAGAAGGAGGCGGUAAUCUCGCCCAGCUCCUCUUCUCACUGACCUUGAUUUUCAACGGUGUCCUAGCGUCUCCCUCGCAAUUCCCCCGCUUCUGGAUCUUCAUGUAUCGCGUCAGUCCGUUCACAUACCUGGUCUCAGGAGUGAUGUCCACUGGUAUAGCCAAAACCGCCGUCGUCUGUGCGGAACGAGAAUACCUAAACUUUGACCCGCCCUUCGGCCAGACAUGUAAAGAAUUCCUCGACCCCUAUAUGAGCUACGCAGGCGGCUACGUCACCAACGGGAACGCCACCUCAGCCUGCAGGUUCUGCACCAUGAGCGACACGGAUGCGUUCUUGGCGCAAGUAAAUGUAUUUUACAGCGAUCGAUGGAGGAAUUUCGGAUUGAUGUGGGUGUAUGUUAUUUUUAAUAUUUGCGGUGCUAUCUUCUUGUAUUGGCUUGCAAGAGUGCCGAAAGUUAAGAAGGAGAAGAAAGAGAAGAAGGAAUAG